AUGGCCAAGUUCUUGAAAGCAGGCAAAGUCGCAGUCGUUAUCCGUGGUCGUUACGCCGGUAAGAAGGUAGUCAUCGUCAACGCCCAUGAUGAAGGUACCAAAUCUCACAACUUCCCACACGCUAUAGUGGCAGGUAUUGAAAGAUACCCAUUGAAGGUUACCAAGAAGCACGGUGCCAAGAAGGUUGCUAAGAGAACCAAGAUUAAGCCUUUUGUUAAAGUGAUCAACUAUAACCAUUUGUUGCCAACUAGAUAUACCCUAGAUGUGGAAUCCUUUAAGAACGCCGUUUCCAAGGAAACUAUGGAACAACCUUCUCAACGUGAAGAGGCUAAGAAAGUUAUUAAGAAGGCUUUGGAAGAAAGACAUCAAGCUGGGAAGAACCAAUGGUUUUUCUCUAAAUUGAGAUUCUAA